AUGCUAUUAACAAGGCUUAUCCUUCAACUCUCUGCCCCGUUUCUCUUUCCUCCCCAGCUCUCCCCUCCCCGCUCCAGCUCGGUGACUUUGGAUUGCACCUCUCCGCCGGACACUUUCCUGCAGAAUAUGCUGGAUCUCGAAGAAUUUGUUCCCCCUGUACCGCCACCGCCCUACUACCCUCCAGAGUACACCUGUAGCUCAGAGACCGAUGCCCAAAGCAUAACUUACAACGGCUCCAUGGACAGCCCUGUGCCACUGUACCCCACCGAUUUCCCCCCCAGUUAUGAGGCUGUUAUGGGGCUUCACAGGGAAAGCCAGGUGACGCUGUUCGAUUCACAGUUCACGGACACUUCGCAUGGCCCCUGCACCUGCAAUCAAAUCCCUUCUGUUGUGCUCAGUGGAGAAG